GCAGCCAAUAGGAGUGCACUAGUCUUCUCGGUCGAGCGUUUUGAUUGGACAGCAGUGGUGAAAGGCGGGAAAUGACAGGAGGUCUGAGAUGAGCAGCAGCUGCUUAUUACAGAGCGUCAGAUGGCUGUGAUGUUCUCAGUUGUGCAGUACAGAGCUAUUGACUACAGCUGUGAGGCUGCAGUCAGGAACAGACUCCUGAUAAACUUAAUGAUGCUGCCAGUUCCCAUCCAGCUGGGCACAGAUACUUACCCACACUUAGGCCAUCUGCAGAGGGCUUACAGGACUCCAUGGACCCGUGAGAAUUUAAAAUCUACAUGGCAACUGGAAGUGACGGGGUCUGUAUUGGAUGACUUGAGGGCCAAGAUGUGUUUGGUUGACUCUUUGGAAAGGUUUGGCGUGCCUGUGCUGGAACUGGGUGAGGUGGUGCCCAGUUCUAAUCCCGCAUCUCAGGACUUUGUGGAAUCAGAGGAGCUUCUCUGGCUGAACUCAGCCGAACCUCCUGAAUGGAGAGACAGAUUCAGUCCAGCUGAUUUAGACUCAGCUUAUUUUAGUUACCAAGAUCUCUUCCUUACAGAGGAGGUGAUAAUAAGUGAUCCUUUAAAUCAGUUUUGGAGUCGGCUUCCUGCGUUCCUGACUUUAGUGCAGAGAUUAAAACCUCUGACUGUGUCCGAUCCUCUCCUGCAUCACUCCAGAGCAUUGGUCUGUGACAGACACUGUGAGCCUUAUGGUGUGUCUGGUGACGGACGUGCUGGUGGAUUAGAAGUUCAGUCAUUCACUGAGGAGUUUGGGAAAGAACCCGUACUGACUGAAGAGGUAAUGAUGCUGCCGGUUGGAAUUGAGCCAGCUGUGCUGCAGAAGCGAGACCCUGUGUUGUGUAUUAGUGGUCUGCGAGGGUUUCUAAAUAUUACCCCAGAAGCAGCUGAAGACCAAAAUUCUCUUCUGGAUACUCUUAGGGCAGUUGCUCCUGCAGCUGAACUGGACCGUUUAGAGUGUGAGAGAUUUGACAAGCCUAGGUUUGAUAAUGAUAUCACUCAGAGGGCGAGUUCUCCAGUUCCCUAUAAGUCCUACACUGAAAUAGAGACAGACCUGCUCCUGUCUCCUCCUGCCCGGCCAGUCCUGCCUGAGCUGUUUCUCUCUACUGGUCAUCUCCCGGCUGAGCUUCUGUCACCAGUCUACAGACUGGUUUUGCUGUCAGACAGGAAACGUCAGGUUAUGGAAAGGUCUGUGUGGAACGCAGAGAAACAGCGUCACUGUGUUUCUGACUUUCUGCUGGCAGAACCUCAGAUAUGUGAUCAUCCAGUCAGAGCUCAGUCUCUCCCAGAGCUGCUAUCAUUACUGGGGUCUGAGAAGAAUGCUCAGGAUACUGAUUUGUUCACCAGCCUCCAGAUACCAUCCACACCCUUUCUCCAGCCUAAGAGCUCCAUCCAGUGGCCACUUAUGGAGGGCAUGACUGUGGAGAACCAGACAGAUCCUGAGCCCUCAGUAGAUACAGCAGAGGAGUUCUCACCGCUCACUGUGCUUCAGAUAGAUGCAUUGCUGAGAGAUUCUGCUACAUGUUCUGCUCAGGCAGUGGAUUCCAGUAUGAGUGAAGCAUCCGUUCAGAGCACAGCUUCAGUGUCCUCUGUGCCCAGCUGUGUUCAGGCAGGCAAAGUGGUGAAGUUCAUCAUAGUGGAGGAACCGUCCCAAAAACAGGCCGUCCUCACUGCGAGCAGAGCAGAUAACGGAGACAUCCCAGCAGAAACGACCACUGCUAACAACUGUCAGUCAGAAAGCACUCAGAGAGGGGUGCUGUCAGAUACACCCAGCAGUUCAGAGCAGAUUAAGCUCAUUUCUUAUAGUAAAGAAGAGACAGUGCAAGCUCCGAAGUGUUCAGCACUAAAAAGAAGCCAGAGGAUUCCUGUCUCCGACCCUCAGGAGGAUCUGGAUCCUUUAUCCUCAUUUAUGCUGUUAAGAAUACUCCAGAGGAGUCCAGUCGUGCAGAAUUCUCAGCACACCACGACAGUGCAGGCAGCAGUGGCAGAUUCUCCUCAGAAGUGCACAAGAACACCCACAGCGGGUUCAGGACUGCCAGCAGACUCAGAGAAGACAAAGAAAAGUGAGACCAGCUCACCUCCUACAGAAAAAGCCUUCAGCAAAACCAUAUACAUUCAGGCUACAGAGUCUGAGAGAUUUGCGUAUUGGGAGCUGCAUGCGUCGGCCGUGUCGUACCUCAGCAGGGUACGAGAGUCAGACCCGAGCGCUCUGGGCGGUAAAGACAUCAGCAGCCUGACGAAUGAGGACACACGAUUCUAUCUAAAACAGCAGGAGAAGCUGUUCAGCAUGGGCCAGGGCAAGGAGAGUGUACAUAAUGAUGCAGCUCUUCUGCAUACUCUGGUGACAGUGACAGAAAUUUUGCUCAGAUGUGACCUCAACACUGCCAUUGAGUACCUGGCGGAGGUGCGAACCACCUGCAGUCUGGAAGACCUGCUGAAGAGGCUCCAGGUGCUGCAGUAUCUGAGCUACAGGAAGCAGGAGGAGCCGCAGCCCAGAGUCUUACAGCUGCUGGAGCAAAUUAGCGCCAUCCUACAGAGAAACACCUCAGACUUGGUUUUGGUUGUAACAGCUGUGGAGAACGUGAGGGCGGAGCUAGUGACAGCUCUCAGCCAGGUACCAGGAAGUUUUCCGACUGCAGUACGACCAGAGGAAGGCAGAAACAGAGUCGACAGCAGAAGUGUUUUAUACAGUCUCUCCUGCAGUAGGUGUGUUAUAGUGUGCAGUCAGCAGGUGGGAGCUGAUUUCCCCUGGCGGAGGUUCAGUGUAGUGCUGGAGUUCGACUGCGUUCAUCAGAAUACCAUCAGCAGAUGCUGCUCUCAGAACAACGUCAAAUACAUCUGCUUCUGUACUGCAGCUCCAGAAACAGGUCCAGAAGUCUCCCCUCAGGCCUUCCUGGACUGUAUUCCCUUUCUGCUGUUCAUCUCAGAGGGUUCUGUAAAGCGCACAGACCUGCUUCAGCAUCUGGAAUCAACGUAUAACAUGACUCUGCUGGAGAGGAGCUACAGUCAGUCGUUACAGACGAUGGGGGCCACUGAUUUGUUUGAUGUUAUCACAGUGGAUGAGAAAACGGCUGUUGUUCUGCAGGAGGUGGAGGAGCUGCAGCAGGAGCAAGUGGCUGACCGUGUGGUUAACAGGCUGUCAGCUCUUUCUCUACAGUUCAGCCGCUGCUGGAUAAUACUGCACUGCACAGAAGAACACAGCAAACUUGUGUGUGGCGAUGUGUUUAGUAACCUGGUGCUGAUGUACUCGGCCUUCGUUCUGUUUGGACUGAAGACGGAGGAUCUGGAUAUAAAGGUGUUUCUGGUGUGUGAUGUAGAGGACAUGGCCUGGUGUGUGCAUCAGAUCUGCCUGCACGCUCUGCUGAACUCGGGGAGGAGUGUGUGGGACUGGCUGGAUCGAGACUGGUUCAGUGUGCUGCCCACUCAGGAGGAGAAGUGUUUGGUGAGUUUCCCCUGUGUUAACCCUGUGGUGGCUCAGCUGAUGCUGAGGAGAUCUCCUUCUCUGCAGUGGCUGCUGGGAGCUUCGUUUUCUGAGCUCCAGGAUGCUUUUCCUGAGAUCCCACACAAAGUGUGCAAGCUCUUCAGCCACAUUACAGCUCUUCACAGGCUCAGUGCUGCUCCCUCUCUGCCUGAGAGUGAAAUAACGCCCCCUUCAGAGUCUAACGAUGUGCUGCACCCACACCUUCAUCCUGCUCCUCAUCCUCAGCUCCCUCCAUGGGCUGUGACUGAAGAUGAGCCUCAUUUAGACCCAGCUCCCUCAGAUUCUCAUACUCCGCUGUUUCUGACUCGCUCACCUGCUGUUCUGGACAGCCCAGAGUUUGCCCAGCCGCAGGGCAUCGUGGGUACUCACUGGUAUGGCGGAGAGUGUGGAGCUGCUGUGGGCCGGUUGGAGUCGGAGCGCGGGGUGUGUGAAUUAGACCUGCAGCCAAGGCCUGGAGAACGCAUCCAGCAUGAGAGCUACACAGGUCCCUUUGGAGGAGGAGAGGAGCAGUGGCUGAUAGAUGCUUCACCAGUACCACAGCCAAACCUCUCGUACACGAUCACACACAGCCCCUGCAUUACGAGUCCUGCCCCAGCAGCCCCCUACAGUCGGCCUUCACCUGUGGAGGAGAUGGAAACGCUUGCCCUGCAGCAGUGGAGGAGCAGUGCAGUCAGCAGCAGGGGGCAGCAGAGCGACGCCUACAGCAUCUCCCCUCAGUACCGGAGAGGCUUAGAGAUGAAGAGGCCAGCAAGUGAUAAUACAGGUGACACAGUGUUUCCGCAGUAUAAGAGAGCGAAGCUCCUGUUUGAGAGAAUCCCGGGUCGAUUUGAUGGACAGACUCGACUCAGGUUUUUCUGAACAUCUCCGUCACUCUCCUCAUAUGAACACACACUCUCAUUAAUGUUCAUGCAGAGAGGAACAGCACAGCAGCAGCAGCUUCCUGUAGCUUCUGCAUGAAUAAACUGUACCCUGUUGUGGUAUUUAUUAUUAAAAGCACAUUCAGAUAUGUUUUAUCUUACAGUGUUUGUAAUUAUAUAUUGAUGUAUUUAUUAAAGGUUUAUUUAUGAAAUAAAAAAAUAUAUAUAAAAUAUU